AUGACUGAAAAACGCAUUUUCAUUACCCCAGCUGGUGAGCGGAGAGCGCGGGAUUCUGGGUCACGUGCAAAUUUCUAUAUGGCCAUCAUCACUCUAGUUUUAGCUUUCACCGGGGCUUUUAUGAGUGGUUUCUGGUGUGCGACAUUUAUAUCAUCCUUGAAAGGAGACAUGCAAAAGCUCAUCCAGAGUGUGGAGACCUUAAAGGCCAAUUUCCAACACCAACAAUUACAACUCAACGCCUACCAUGACCAAGUUCGAAUCAUGCAUGACAAAAUCGAAGCCUCCUCCGGUUCCAUACUCAGCGAGAUCCAAAAAUUGCCGGGCCGCAUCAACGACCAGCAAUCAAAACAGCAAUAUACUCGAUGUCUCACAGAUGAUAUCCAAAAUCCGACGGCUAACAGGAUCGAAUUGUUGAAUAUCACAGGAUUGCCUGGGAAUUUUCUCGAUGGGAUAGUUCCGUAG